GCGAAAAGCACGCUUUGUCGUCUGCUGGCUAAAAAAAUGUCAAGCCUUUCUCUUCGUCAUAACAUCACACCGCCGAGACAACAGGGAAGGGAGAGAGGAGAAGGCGUAGAUCUACCACAAUGUAACUGUUGUUGUUUGGUCUGCUUUGUGAACGUUGUGCGAACUACAAUGGCGGGCCCUGGCGAGCGAGAAGUGGCGCAGUUGUUGUUUUGGCUGAAAACUGGCGGAGAUUUGAGUAUAAAAACUUGGGGUCGUCACCAAAUGAGGAGUUUCGUGUGUGCUGAGUUAAGUAGAUCUGAUCUAUCUUUGCUCAUUUUGGUGGUGUGCUUGUUCUUUUCGUUUCUUAUUUCCUCGGCAAUAUGCGAGUCUACUUUGUACUAGCCGCCAUCGAGGAGAGCGGAAAUGACGUGCUGGGAUGUCUGUCAGAAGUCAAACUGACUUCCUGCCAAGGGGAAAUGGCGGACUACUUUUUCUACAUGGGCGUGGUGAAGAAGUUCGCCCCUCCUUCUGAACAAUUGUCGCAAAACACCAUGGAGACUCUCUUGUGCAGUGCGACGGCCCAGAGGCGUCAGUGUGAGGUCCAGGCACUGCGCGCGUGCAGCCCGGCCCUGGGUGACGUCAUGGGCCAGUUCUACACACAGACCAAGCCCGACGCCUGUGUGAGGAGAGAACGCCAGGAGGCGCUAAAGGCGGCGGCCGCCGGGGACGCCAAGGUCAAGGACGCCGAGUGAUGACGUCAUGGGAUCACGUGACCUCUUUACUCGACGCCGCCGGGUUGGGAGAAAGGAUGAGGGUCGAGACGUCUGUCCCCGCGGUUUUA